UAUUUUCUUUUUCUUUGAUGUUAUUUUGGAAGUGAAUGUUAUUAUUAUUAUUGCUUUAUAAAUGCAGGUAAGUAAGAGGAAAGAUCAGUUUUUUCUUUUUUAAAUCGGGACAUUUCUGUGUGGGAUUUGAGAGGAUCCAUGGCUGCCCCAACUGCUAGAGCUCGGGCUGAUUAUGAUUUUCUCAUUAAACUUCUUUUGAUUGGUGAUAGUGGAGUGGGGAAGAGUUGUCUGCUUUUACGUUUUUCUGAUGGUUCCUUUACUACUAGUUUCAUAACGACCAUCGGCAUAGAUUUCAAAAUAAGAACGAUCGAGCUUGAUGGUAAGAGAGUCAAAUUACAAAUCUGGGAUACAGCUGGUCAAGAGCGAUUUCGAACUAUUACAACAGCAUACUACCGUGGAGCUAUGGGGAUUUUGCUGGUUUAUGAUGUUACUGAUGAGUCAUCUUUCAAUAAUAUUAGGAAUUGGAUUCGCAAUAUCGAACAACAUGCUUCAGACAAUGUCAACAAGGUUCUGGUUGGAAACAAGGCUGACAUGGAUGAGAGCAAAAGGGCUGUGCCAACCUCCCAGGGUCAAGCUCUUGCUGAUGAGUAUGGUAUCAAGUUUUUCGAAACUAGUGCAAAGACGAAUUUGAAUGUGGAGGAGGUUUUCUUUUCGAUAGCCAGCGACAUUAAGCAAAGGCUCACAGAAUCUGAUAAUAAGGCUGAGCCAGCCGCAAUCAAAAUCAAUAAGGAAGACCCUGGAGCAAGCAGUGCUCAAAAGUCGAAUUGCUGCGGAUAGUAAUGGGAUUAAAAAGGGUAUGCAGAUUCAAAAUGGAAGGUUCAGCUUCACAGUUGCUCUGAUGUAAAACCAAUCGUUCAUGUAUUUAUUCUCUUGUUUUUUA